UAUCUGACUCUCGUUUUUGAAUAAAUUAUUAUAGGUUCUGGUUCUAGUCCGUUUGCGUAGGAAAUUAGCACUGUGUUGGAAUAUGGAAAAUUCAUCAAAAUUAUCUGCUGAUAGCUCGUCGAGUAAAUUCGAUAAUUUAACAGAAAUUAGCUCCUCCGAUGUGGUUGUGGUUGAUGAAGGAGGUGGUGAUGUGGGAGUUCACAAAAACAAAUCCAUAGUUGACCCUUUCCUUAGUGGUUCUUUAAGUAAAAACUUAUCCAUACAUGAAUCGUGUUUUUCAUGUGGGUAUGAGGGCGAAAUAUCUGCUGAUAGGUCGUCGGGUAAAUAUGAAAAUUUAACAGAAAAUAGGUCCCGUGAUGUCGUUGUGGAAACAGAAAUUAGGUCUCCUGAUGUGGUUGUGGAAGAUGAGGAAGGUGAUUAUGUGCCGGGUCAAGAUUAUGCCUUUACUAAUGUAAGAUGUGAGCCCGUUGUCGACUUUUUACAUGCUCGAGUUUUUACUGAUACCCCUCAAGUUUAUGGUUACAUUAGAAUUAUUGAUUUGCAAAACUCUAAAACUUUCCCAGCUUAUGACCGACAUCGAUUUGAAUCUCCACAACGCCUUUAUCCUUCUUUGCCUCUGGGUAACUUCUUACAAUUGUCAGGUCCUGACUAUAUUCCCACUUUAAAUGAACCCAUGGUGGCUGUUGGUAUAAACACUGUUGAAACAGGUGAUGUUAUUGCCCAUGGUCAACAACAUUUAAGUAAAUCAACUGAGUUCACAUCAACCACCGAUGAUGCUUUUGAAAAGCUUUAUACCCUUACAUUUCAAGAUGAAGCUCUGGCGGGUGAUCGUGUUGAGCUGCAAUGUGUGGCUUUUACGUUUGGGGUCUAUGCUUGUGUGCAGGUGGUUUUGUGUCAUGAUGAUUAUCCUGAAAGUGAUGAUCAUCUAUCAGAUGAAAAUGAUGAUGAAUCAGAUGAAAAUGAUGAUGAACAAAGUCGGAUUGAACUUUUUGGUCUCAUCUAUGCUAAGUGUAAACCAAUGCUUCUGUCCGAACAUGACUAUAAAAAUUAUAUGUUUAAUGUGCCAAAAGAAGAGCGUGUGCGGGUCGGAUUCGGGAGACAAAUUGUCUUGUCCAAAGACCUUGUGGUUGUGCCUGCAUAUUCAGAUCUUGAAAUUUCACUUGAACUUAAGGGGUUUGAAGAUGAUGACUUCGUUGUUAAGGGUAGCGUGUGUUUUGAACCUAGCAAUUUUCAUGCUGGGUGGAAGCAAGUUCGAGGACGAAAUGGAUGCUAUGUGGAUGUACAGGUCACAUGGCAGAAACCAUCUCUCCUAAACAGGCCUUGGUGUAAGGAGGACACGAUUUCUAGUGCCUUUUACAUGGGCGACGGUCCCAUAACUCUUGCAUCACACCUUCUGGAGGUGUUCUCACUAUUUAUUGCUCGCCCAAAUGGUAAGGAGGUGAAUAUGUAUGGAUCUGUUGAUAUUUAUUGCACAGAUGGCUGGUGUAACAUCUUCUGUCGCGAGAAGGAUGAUGCAUACUUCAUGUCUCGUGGAUGCAACUUAUUACCUUUGAAAGGGCCUGAACGAGCUCCUAGACCAGGGAUGAUGUUUUCCAUAUCAGUUGAUCUUAGAGACGUUGAUGGGCAUGUUAAAAUCAAAGGAAUCAUCGAAUCAAGCGUUGGACUUGAUGAACGUCAAAAGCCUUGGUUUGAUAGGCGACUUUACUCAGUUGUUAAGAUGAAAGGUAAGAAAGAGAAGAGUUUUGUUGCUGUUCAUUAUACCAUGUUCUCCUAUGCUGUUCAGGCAGUUGUGGAAGUCUGUCUUGUCUGGAAGCGUAGAUCUUCUGCUCAUGUCAAUAUUUAUGGGGACAUCAUUGCUUCCUAUGACAAGGAGGUUUUGUACUCCACACCCUAUGAUAAAAAGUUCUUUAAACGAGUACUAUUCACAAGUAAGAAAGCAAACCCCUUGGAAGUACUCUUCACGGGAAAGGAAGCGCACUCCUUAGAAAGAGAGGAGAAAUUCGUGCUUACAAAAAAUCUGGUAGCUGUACCCAUGACUUCCUCGUUGCUUGCCGAAGUAAACCUAUCUUUCCAAACUGCUGAAAGUACCUGCCAUGUAGCGAAAAUUGUGAAGUUUCGGUUUGAAGACUCUAUGAUGAUCAUUCCAAGUGAUGAUGUGGACAUUUGUAUUGCGGUCGCAUGGAAAGGUUUUCCAUAUCGUUAAGAUGGAAUCAAAUACUUUAAUUCCGUUUGUACUGUUUUUCAUCUUUCAUGUCCUCUACCAUUCUGUGAAAAUGAUUAAUCCGUAAAGUUGCAUCUACAGAGACAAGUGUAUUUUUAUGUUUCUGUUUCUGCAUUUUGUUUCUCUUGGUGAGACUAGAAAACAAGAUUUUAUAGAUAUUGAGUUUGUUUUGGAGAGACAUCUAUUUUGUAUAUUUGUUUAUGCAUCAGACUGUUUAUAUAAAUUUUUGUCACGGACAAUUGUUAUUGGUG